AUGCAAUGGGCUAUCCCACUAGACGCUCUGCCUCCAAGUGCCAUGCGUCUGCUGGCCUUCCGUAGAUCCACGCUCAUGCUCUCCGUGCUCGCGUUUGAGCUCACGGGGCUUAUCAUUCUCUCUAUAGAACUCUUUGUUUUCGACGAGUGGAUUGUUCCAAACCGCACAGUAACCGAUCGAGUGAUCAGAGGACGGCGUAUUCAACUGAGCACUUUGUCUGCUUUGGUAUCGCGACUGUGGACAAUUUAUCUUUGGGACUGCAAGCUCAUUUGGUUCUUGACAGCUUCACUGCGCUGCCAACGCCACCGU